AUUUCCGUAAAGAUAUUUUGUGUGUGUGGGGUUUUUUUUGUGCUGUUCGUUCUUUCUUGCAAUCCGCUCCGUGCCUACGUCAUUUAGAGGAACGGCGUAAAUUCGUACGACGACCCCCUUUUUUGCGGAUUAAACAACCCGUGCACUGGGUAGUGUGUGCAUGAAUAAGCGCAGGCUACAGCCACAGAGGCAGGCAACGCAUCGGAAUCGGGGUUUGCAGCGGAACGGAUUGUGGCGUGAAUGGCUAGCUUACUGUUGCAUUCGUCCUCACCCGGUGUAACGUGCCCGGCCGGAAGAAACAAUUGCCGCGAGUGGAAGCAUCCGUAAAUUGGGUGGGCGAGUUUCCGAACGUCGUCGUCGCGCCUCACUCGCCCAGUUCCGUAGCGUUGUGAAACGGACGCGUAGUUUAUGUUGUUCUAAAAUAAACAACAUUACAUCAUACUAACUAUUACAAUAACAAGCGGCAAGCGAACGUGUCCUUCCCUGAGCGGGGUCGUAAAUAGCGUUCUUUGUUAGCAUCGUACAGUGUGACUCGGUCCUGUGCUCCCGGACGACGCGCUGCGGCCGGGGGGCGGGCUAAGGGUCCGACCCGGCUGUCCCAUCCGGACGAUGGAUAGCAAUAAGAACAAGGAGUGCUGCUACAGCAACGGAGGCCGUUGCGCUAGUGGCGGUGGCCUCACGGUGGUCAUCGGGACGGACUGCAUCUCCAAGGCAGUGUCUGCGGCAAAGUAUCAGAAUCAGUUCAACAACAACAAUCUAAUCGAGCAGGAAAAUCUUAUGCCUCCGGUGCAUGAUCGAGUGUCCGGCAUGGUGCAGGACGACAGCUCGACCUCGACGUUGCCCAAGGAGAACGGCGUGGUAGCGUCCAACGAGUCGCCGGUGAAAGAUAAAGUUCUGGCGGAAAAUGGAUCGUCCCGUCACAUCACGUCCAUUUUUAACCAAACAUCCACACCAAUCGUCUCUGCUGGCAGUGACAUUCCAUCCGAACGAUUGCUCCCGAGCCUUCAAUCAUCCGUUGACUUUUUUAUCACGAGCACUAACAACGUCCCUAGUAGCUUUAAUCCAACCACCAACGGAACCGGUACGGACCAUCUACGAACUACCCUGUCCAGUGCGCACGACAGCAAUGGGUUCGGUCAACCCGCUAUAGAGCUUGCUUCGAAUGGUACCGGUGAACUUCCGGAUGAAACUAGCCGAGCGUCGGCAGCAGAGCGCCCGGUAAAAUUGAACGACGAUGCCUGUCCACCGGAUGAGGGCGACUUUUCCGACAACAAUUCCCUCGGCAAUCUGUCGUACGCGAGCGAGAAUGGUUUGAUCGAGGAAAUCAUUCUACUACCGAACAACGUCUACUCCGACGACGAUAAUGCGUCCACGUCAGACGAUUGCAUCUAUGCGUACCGUGGCGGUGAACCGGACGGUGCGGCAGGCCAGCUGUUAGACCUGCAGGGCGACUUACCGCCCGAUGACGAGACCGAUUUCCUCGAGAUGGAUUUUGAUCCGGAACCAAGCUCGGAGAUGGAAAAUUUUAACAGACAGUCAGAUUUUAUGCUCGGCUUGGACGAGGAUAAGUUUGCGGGUGUGGCAAGGCCAGCACUGGAAGGGCAGCAGCAGGAAGAAAACGUAGGGAAUGGUUCUCGAUCGCGGAUUGCGUCGCCUACGGUACCGUCGCAUAGUUCGGCACCGCACGACCCAUCGGGACCACUGGACAGGGAAGGCGAAACAGCACAAAAGGGAAACGACACGGGUUUACAUCAUGUGCCGGAAAUGAAUGAUGGUCGUUCGCUGGUUCCGUCUGUUCCGGUAUUGGCGGCAUCGUUAGCAGAGGAUGGUAACGAUCAGCGGGAGCAAAAAGCGGAUAGCACGAAGGGCGAUAGCAGCAUCAGCGAUCAAAUCGUGAACCGGCCAGAAGCUCAUAAAACGGGUGCCAUUCCAAAAAGCUUGCCCUUGCUGUUGGCAGACUGUUCUUCUACACCGACGGAACGCGGCGGUUUAUCGGUGAACGCAAAAACCCUUCGGCUAGAGCAUUCUCUACACCCGGACGAGCCGGAUGCGAGGGACGCACGCCGUUACGCACCGGGUUCUCCUUUCUACCACAAAGCAGCCGAGUUUGGGGCGGGCCGGCAGCGACCGAACGGGUUCGAUGAGUGCGCAGAAGAGUUGCACUGUUUGGACUGUGCGGAGCAAGAGUUCCUGAUGCGAACGAAGCAAGACCCCAGCAGGCAACGGUACUGCAAUGCUUGUAAAGCGGCAAAACAAGAGGGCAAGGGCCGAUCUGCAGCGCGAUCGUACGAGCGAGAUAGCGGCAGAAGGGUAGAAGGGCUCUUUACGGGUGCCGGCACCAACCAGCCGACAGUAGACGACGAGCUGUGGGAUCAGCGUGCGGAACAGAUUGUGUAUGAAGCGCUGCAUAAAAUCAACACCCUGAAGGAAAUGCCACCCACCGGAGGGUUGGUGUCGAGAGCGCGUCCAUAUCAAAGCCAGGGAAGCGUUCCGUGCGUACCAGCGCAACGCGAAAUGCCCGAACAAGUCACACCGGACAAUGAUUGGUGUGGUCAGCAGGUGCCGCAUGUCCGUGCUAAACAGACGCAGCGGGAGCAAAGUGUAACGAUAUACACGUUUAACUGCAGCUUAAUGACAAUAAUGGAUUCAUUGACAAGCUUUGGCCUUACACCGAAUGAGGAAGUGCUGCGACAGUACUUUUACGACCAGUACGAAGUCGACACGUCCAAGAUGACCAUACCGCAGUAUCUGCUGCACAUGUCCAAGCGGGACUGCAACUACCGCAAACUGAUCGACGCCAUUCAAUCGAGCUGUGAUGAUGAGCUGCUGGAUAUACAGUACUAUCCGCUGCAUCCUUUCUCGGACAUGCCGGAAACGGUGGAAAUCUGUGCUAGCGAAAUAGCGAAGCGCUGGACCGCCAACACGAACCUGCGACAAAUUAUUCACUUCAAGCACAAACACUUUCACACGUUGAAUGUUCUCGGUAAAAUUGUAAACAUUCUUCGGCAGCCUUCCCGUGGUCGACACACGAACCACAUGAUCAGUAUACCGCAGUACUACAAGAGUGGCAUCCUUCAGAUCAAGCGAACAGGCGGUUGGUGAGUGGACACCCGAACCCCCCCCCCCCCCCCCCCCCCCCCACGUGUGCUAGUCAGCAGUAGCUGCUGCAGAAGGUUAAACAAAACAAAAAAAAUUGCAAGCCGCGCUCAACCCCGAGUCCUAGGAUAUAAGCCAGUGAUUUUGUUGGUAGGAACCAGGUCCCGGCCACACCUGUGCGUUGAGUGGAGUAACAUCAGUUAAAUAAGUUUGCUGUUUACGCUUACAAGGCCUCUCGGGCGGCCGCUUCGAUUCGCUUGAUGGCGGUAUUUUUGUUCUCGUUUUCAACUCAACACUGCUGCAAGCCCUAUCAACCGUGUAUGGUUUACCGAAAGCAAAAUGCUAAAAAACAAAAACGGGAUAAAAAAAUGUGUACAUAUUAGAUAGAAACCUAUUUAUUGUACGGUACACGCGCUAGUUCGCUGCGAGCAGUAAAAAAAAAGAGCGGAUUACGCCCUGCCCCAAAACCACCGCCACCAGCAUGCAGUAACACGUUGGUCCUUUAUCUGUGUUUUCGGCUCGUGUAACGCUUUUAAAUAUCGGUACAAAAUUAAGUUACUGUUUAUUUUCGUUUUCGAUACCUUCGUACAACCGCCAUAAAUGAUUGCUUUGCUGAACUUUUUAUCGAAACGAAAAAUUACGAAACAAAAGCUAUAACAAUAACGGUUAGGAAUAGGUUUGUAAGUGCUUUCCGUUUUACCGGUACGCGGUGCAUGUGUGCACGACACUUACAAAACGAAACCUACAGUACUAUACUAUUCAGUGCAUACGCAACAAAAUGCUUUAACAACAAACACCACACCAGCCCUGGUUAUCCAGUCGUGGACAACAGCAAAACAGUAACGCAUAAAUGUUAUUCACAAUGAUCAGGUGUAAGCAAAGGCAAGGCUAGCUUUUUGGACGCUAGAAACAAUAAUCCCCAUUUUGCGAUCGUAUUAUAUAUAUGUACCUUAUAUACACGAGUUUCAUUUACACCCCGAGUGCUACGAAUGGUACAGGCAGAUAGGUAGAUUGCUUGUACAAGCG